CGCUCACCUGUAUUCCGCUACACUCCAUAGAGAAUCCUCUCCUCUGAAAAAAAAUGGUGAUUGAGACCAACACCGGGAAGGCUGUCCAGUCCGAGCACACCAAGGGCAAAGUUUCUUCUGAGGGCUUCACUGUUAGAGCCAUGAUGAAUAAUUCAACAUUCAAAGAACGACCUGCAAAGCCCACGGCUUUUUGCAAGUUUUAUGAGCGAGGAGACUUUCCAAUCGCCCUUGAGCAGGAUACGAAAGGAAACAAAAUAGCCUGGAAGGUGGAGAUUGAGAAAUUGGAUUAUCACCACUACUUGCCUCUCUUCUUUGAUGGUCUUUGUGAAAUGGCACAUCCUUAUGAAUUUUUUGCACGUCAGGGAGUCCAUGACAUGCUGGAGCACGGAGGACCAAAGAUUCUGCCUGUCAUUCCUCAGCUCAUUAUACCCAUAAAAAAUGCCUUGAACACUCGCACCCGGCAAGUCAUCUGCACCACUCUCAAAGUUCUGCAGCAUUUGGUUGUUUCAUCUGAAAUGGUGGGUGAAGCUCUUGUCCCCUACUACCGCCAGAUUCUUCCCAUUCUCAACAUCUUCAAGAAUAUAAAUGUGAACUCAGGCGAUGGCAUUGACUACAGCCAGCAAAAACGUGAAAACAUUGGUGACCUGAUUCAAGAAACACUAGAAGCUUUUGAGCGCCAUGGAGGAGAAGAUGUGUUUAUUAAUAUAAAAUAUAUGGUGCCUGCCUACGAAUCUUGUCUGCUGAACUAA